UUGCUGUAUCAAAUUUACAACAAUCCUUUGUGCUUGUAAGGCAAGCCAGUUUGUUACUACCUUUAUUUUUACUACAGUAAAUAUCUUUAGUAUCAACAGAGGUACAUUUGUGAGACUUAGAGUCUAAUUAACAAGUUCCAACUAAUUAUUAAGCGCAUAUAUAAGCAACCACCUCCAAUUUCAAGAAAAACAGCAGCAGAAUAAAUAUGUUAAAAUUUAAUCUAAAUGAGAGAAAAUGAACAUUAUGGGUUCGUUUAUUAGCCUUAACCUGAGUCUUAUUAUGCCUUACUUUUGGCUGCAAAAUGCAACCAUAUGUCUUAUCAUCCCAAGAACAGUAUUUAUGAUACAAGCAUUAUUAAGCCUUAUCUACAUCACCUUCUUCAUAGCAAUUCAAAGUUAUCGAAUCCCAUCUGCAAUUAGCAGUAGGAUGGUUGAAUUGUAUUUUUUUAAAUUUAUCACAUUUCUUUUAAUAACAUAAAAAAAGAAUAACGCCAACUGUAAUAAUAGCAUCCAAUUGAAUUAAUAUCAGGUAAAUAUAACUUAUGCUAUUGAAUUUUAUUAACAGUUUGACAUUUGUUGUAUCAGGUAUAAAUUCACAAAUUUAUCCACUUAUAGUGACAUUUUAACAGCCUAUUUUAAUUCACAAAUCCCUCAUAGGGUUAACCUAAGUUAAAAUCUGAACAAUUUAUAUCUUGAGGGCUAGUUAUGCAUUUAUCAGUUGAAAUAAGGAAGACACACAGGGCAUAAGGAUUUGCUAAUACAAUCUUUUUAAUUUGAUAUUCAUUGCAAGUGUAUAUUGAUAAAUCAUCAAUAGUGACACAUUAUAAAUUAAUUUUGUGUCAAUUACAAUAAAGAGUAAGGGAUUAUCCCAAACAACACUAGACUUAAUUCCUUCAGUUUAACAAGAAGUCAAUUCAACUGCAUAUGGAAUGCAAAUAUUACCUAUAACAAAUUUAUAGUAUUUAGUAACAAAUGUUUUUAUUUUGUCCCCUUCAAUUGCUUAGCAUCUAUAUUAAUUCAUUAUUUUAAUUCCAUCCCCCACAGUAAAUUUAGAAUAAUCGCUAAGAUUAAUCUAUGUACAGCCAUAGAUAAUGUUAUAAAAUCAAAUUUAGAAUUGCAGAUACUCAUUCAUAUUUAAUUAGUUAAUAAUGCUUAUAAACCAAUAUGUAAUAGGUCACAUUCAAUUCAUCAAUCUAAAACUUCAUAAUUUAUGGAUGCUAAAUGUUCUUAUAGAUCAAUUUUGUAUGCACUUUAAUCCUUGAACGGUAUUACAGUGUCCAAUUAUAGAAGAUGAAAAUACUUAUAUCGAUGUGCUCGUCUAAAUAUUUAAUAAAUAUUUAGAGAAUUACUUAGAUGAUUCUUAAAAAUUAUAAAAGAAUAAAAGCAGAAUUCCAUUUAGUUUCAAAAAUUGAUAACGCCAAUCAAACCAUGUUAUAUCGUCUUUAGGAGUUUUGUUCUUUGAGCCAUCAUUCACAAGGCCAGUAUACAGCUAAGUGA